AUGGAGAUCAUCCAACAAAAACCCACCAACUACGCCAUCCACACCAGCCCAGCCAACGACCUGCGGCUAGUGGAAUGCGAAAUCCCCAAGAUCGCACCAACCGAGUGCCUAGUGCACGUUCGCGCGACCGGAAUCUGUGGCUCUGAUGUGCACUUCUGGAAACAUGGGCAUAUUGGACCCAUGAUCGUGACGGGCGACAACGGACUAGGGCACGAGAGUGCCGGCGUGGUACUACAAGUCGGCGAGGCCGUUACACGCUUCAAGCCUGGUGAUCGCGUCGCCCUCGAAUGCGGCGUCCCCUGCUCCAAACCCACCUGCGACUUCUGCCGAACAGGUCUCUACCACGCCUGUCCGGACGUGGUCUUCUUCUCCACACCUCCGCACCAUGGUACCCUUCGCAGAUACCACGCCCACCCUGAGGCCUGGCUCCACAAGAUCCCCGACCACGUUUCCUUCGAAGAGGGCUCCCUUCUCGAGCCACUGACCGUCGCGCUGGCGGGUAUUGAUCGCUCUGGAUUACGACUCGCUGAUCCACUAGUUAUAUGCGGCGCAGGACCCAUCGGUCUGGUCACUCUACUCGCUGCCAACGCCGCUGGCGCUGAGCCCAUCGUCAUCACCGACCUCGAUGAGAACCUUCUCGCGAAAGCAAAGGAGCUGGUGCCCCGCGUCCGACCAGUCAAGGUAGAGAGGGGCGAGAGCUCGGCGGAUCUCGGUCAACGGAUCAUAUCCGAGCUGGGACAGGAGGCGAAGCUUGUGAUGGAGUGUACGGGUGUGGAGAGUAGUGUGCAUGCUGGUAUCUAUGCCACCCGCUUCGGAGGCACCGUGUUCGUGAUCGGAGUCGGAAAAGACUUCCAGAACAUCCCGUUCAUGCACAUGUCCGCCAAGGAAAUCAACCUCAAGUUCCAGUACAGGUACCAUGAUAUCUACCCCAAGUCGAUUGCUCUAGUCGCUGCGGGUAUGAUUGAUCUUAAGCCGCUGGUGUCACAUCGGUAUAAGCUGGAGGAGGGGUUGCAGGCGUUUGAUACGGCUAGUAACCCUCGUUCGGGGGCGAUUAAGGUGCAGAUUUUGGAUGAUUAG